GGUUUUUUGUACUUCAUGCUAGCAUGCCUAUGCCAAACAAACUUCGACUUGCUUACCAGACAGAUGUUCGUUUUGAAAGUUAUUUCAUCGUUGUAGACGUAGUUCUCAUUUCGUUUCUACAACGGCCUAUGAGCUGAAUAUUGCUCACGUCCAGGAAAUAUAGACGUCAACCCCCUUCUUGUUCCUCCUCUCAGGUCCUCCCGCCACGCCCCACCGAACUGGGCGCACGCUCCGGCGCGGCAACAUCUCCACCGUCCGCUCGGCUUCCACGGAGCACGUCCGUAUCCUCAGUAAAAACGUACCCACACCAGAGUCAGGAUGGGGAUUUUGCAACACAAACCUAGGAGUUUUGUGAGUCACGCAUG